AAACUAUGACCAGUCAUAAUCUUGGCCAGAAACGUUUUUUUGUAACUCCGCCUGAGAAGGGUGUUUUUCCCCUUGAUCAUGAAGCUCAGUGCAAGCGUGCCAUGCUGCAGUACAUGAUCUGCCUGCAGAAAAAUGAUAACAGCGGCUCAGCUUGCCGUGUGGAAUCCAAAGAAUAUUUAGAGUGCCGGAUGAAGAAUAAUUUAAUGGCAGAGGAAAGUUGGUCAUUUCUGGGUUUCAGUGAUCUUGAAGAGAAGAGUAAAUCAUCUUAAUUCGGUAGUCAGUCAUUUACUUUACUCCAUCACAGUCGUUUCACCUCUAUUAUUCUCAUAUACCCAUGCCAUGGAAAAGAAAAUAUUGCUAUGUUGCACUGGCAGUGUCGCCACCAUUAAAGCGGAAGAACUGAUUGAAAAAUUUGAAAAUCAAGGCUUUAACAUCAAGGUUGUCUUGACCAAUGCUGCCAAACAUUUCUGUAGCGCUGAAGUCAUCCAAGCAAAAAAAGUUGAUGUGUACACUGACGAAAAUGAGUGGGAAAUGUGGAAAGAUCGAGGCGAUCCUGUGUUGCAUAUUGAUCUUGGAAAAUGGGCUGACAUUCUUGUGAUCGCACCGUUAGACGCCAACACUCUCGCUAAAAUAUCACAGGGCUUAUGUGAUAAUCUACUGACUUGCAUUAUCAGAGCAUGGGACACUUCAAAACCCCUUUUCUUCUGUCCAGCAAUGAACACUCGAAUGUACUUGCACCCUCUAACCGCGUCGCAGAUUUUGCAGCUAGAAUCUUGGGGCUACAAACAAAUACCUUGCAUCAGUAAGACUCUUAUGUGUGGAGACACUGGAAUUGGUGCAAUGGCACCGGUAGACGUUAUUGUCAACGAUGUUGUUGUUAGCCUGAGCAAUUGAUUCAUGAAUUAAUUUUAAUUUCAUAAUCUAUGGGAGAGGGGUUUUCUUCCCCUAGGUUUUUAAUCAGGAAUUUUAGAUCCUAACUGGUGUUCUCAUAGUUUUUUCAAACAGGUGUUGGUCUGAAAUGAAUGACUUAAAAUGUUUUCUAAUGGAUAAUAAUAGUUUUAUGCUUAAGUAAGAUCAAUAAAUUUCUGUUGCAGCAUUUUUCAUGAUAGAAA